CGGCGCCGUUUCUGAGCGCCUGCGUACUGUGACGCUGCGCAGCCGGAGAGGCGGGUCUUAGCUCCAGGUGCCUACGGCGGCUCAGAGGGCGCGGUGCAGAACUACUAGAUCUAGGGAGAGGGCGCCGCGUCCAGAUGUGGAGACGGGCGGUGUGAAGGCAAGAAGAGUAGUCCUGCCUCUCUCCUUCCCCUAUUUGGCUGAGAAAGUGGUUUCUGCAGACUCCCGGGAACACCAGAGGGCCCUAUCUCGAUCCCUGGGGCGUGGUGCUUGGAGGGGACUGAACGUCCCCCCAUGGGGAUAGGCCUCGGAGACAGCUGUUGCAAACUGAUUGGUUCAGAGAAAUAUUGCCUAAACCGCUGGGGAGCCUGAUUCCUUAUUGGUGGUGGUGGUGGGGACCCGGCUUAGUACUCCAGCAUCUCCUGUCAUCCCUAGCGGCCUAUGUCCCUUGCUCGGGGUCAUGGAGACACUGCGGCCACCACGGCAGCGCCUCUGUCUGAAGAAGGGGAAGUGACCUCUGGCCUUCAGGCUCUGGCCGUAGAGGAUACGGGAGACCCCUCUACCUCGGCCGGUAAGGCCGAGGAAGAGGGGGAAAGAGGCCAGGAGGAGACUGAGCGAGAGGGGUCUGGGGCAGAGGGUGCGCAGGGAGAAGUUCCCAGCGCUGGGGGGGAAAAGCAUGCCGAGGGAGAAUCCGAGGACUGGUGCGUGCCCUGCAGCGAUGAGGAGGUGGAGCUGCCCGCGAGUGGGCAGUCCUGGAUGCCUCCGCCUUCCGAAAUCCAGCGGCUUUAUGAACUGCUGGCUGCUCAUGGUACCCUGGAGCUUCAAGCGGAGAUCCUGCCCCGCCGGCCGCCCACGCCCGAGGCCCAGAGUGAAGAGGAGAGAUCUGAUGAGGAGCCAGAGGCCAAAGAAGAGGAAGAGGAAAAACCACACAUGCCCACGGAAUUUGACUUUGAUGAUGAGCCAGUGACACCAAAGGACUCCCUGAUUGACCGGAGACGUACCCCAGGAAGCUCAGCACGGAGCCAGAAACGGGAAGCUCGCCUGGACAAGGUCCUUUCAGACAUGAAGCGACAUAAGAAGCUGGAGGAGCAGAUCCUUCGUACGGGGAGGGACCUCUUCAGCCUGGACUCAGAGGACCCUAGCCCUACCAGCUCCCCACUCCGGUCCUCUGGGAGUAGUCUCUUCCCUCGGCAGCGGAAAUACUGAUGGCUGCUGCUGCUGGCCCUAGGGUGCAUUUUCUGUACCUGCUGGGGCCCUCCUCUCCUAACCCAUUCUGGGAAACUUGGGAGGAAGAGAGAAACCUCAGGUUCCUGACAGCACCUUUUGGGAAAGAGAGAGUGUGUGUGUGUCUUUGAUGUUGAACUUCUAAUCAGAGACCUGGACUGAAUUUUCUGAGUCUAAAAUAAAAAGAUGCAGAGUUAUUUUAAAA